AUGGCGUCGAGAGGCAUACUUUCAAGGGCGACUAGAAUCAAGUCGAAGCUCCAAUCGGCGCUUGAGGCCGCCGUUGUUGAAGUCGAAGAUGUGUCUUACCAGCACGCCGGCCACGCCGCCGUAAAAAACACCGGUACUAACGAAACCCACUUCAACGUCAAGGUCGUUUCCGACAAGUUCGAUGGCCAGAGCUUAGUGAAGCGCCACCGUAUGGUGUAUGAUCUUUUGUCAGAUGAGCUUCAGUCUGGGUUGCAUGCUCUUUCUAUCAAGGCAACUACUCCUAAAGAAGCUGGUCUUAAGAACUAA